AUGGACCACCCGGCACAUCCAAAAUGUGUCGACGUGGGUGAACAGGGAGCAUGGAGAGAAAAUGACAGUUGCACAUCAUUGGAUGGCACGUCUGGCGUUUGCUCUCUCCCCAACGAAUGUGCAUGGCUCGUGCAGAACGUAAUCCGCACAAAACGGGUUUCGUACGACGACGUCCCGAAAUGUGGCUUCACUCGAGAUGACGUUCUGGUUUGCUGCCCCAAGGGGGAAUCGAAUAGGUUCGGCGAUCAGGCACUCGGGAAAGCUGGUAAGGCGUGUCAGAACUUACCGCGAGGCACGUCAUAUAUCGCUCAGCACAUCAUCGAAGGCGUGGAGGCCGAAGACGGAGAAGUUCCAUUUAUUGCUGCACUGGGAUACAGCACUUCGGAAACUGGUCGAAAAUAUGCCUGGGGCUGCGGAUCAAGCUGGAUCGCAAAAAAGUUCCUACUGACGGCAGCUCACUGCGUGAGGGUUGUCCAACGACCGAUCAUAGCUCGCAUGGGUACAUUGAACUUAGAGGCUAACGAUGAUCAGCAUUUCCAGGAUUCAGAAUUGGAGAAGUUUUAUUCUCAUCCAAAUUAUACGUCCAAAAGCAAAUACCACGAUAUUGCGUUGAUUGAGCUUGUAACACCGUUUACGUACGAUCAGAACGUCAACAGAAUAUGUCUUCACGUGGACUCACAGGAUAUGGCAUCGACGCUAGUGCUGAGGGCUUCCGGUUGGGGUUUAACUGAUACUGAUAAAUCUCGAUCGGACGUUCUGCUUCGAGUGGAUCUGAAUACGGAGCCAUUGGACCGGUGUGCGUCCGAAUAUCGGUCUUUGGUCGGAGAUGCGCGUGGAAGCUUAUCGUCCGGUGUGAUACAACAGCAGUACUGUGCUAUUGGCAAGAUGCAGCCAUCCGGCAAACGUGGAGACUCAUGCGUCGGUGACUCGGGAGGUCCUUUAUACUAUACAGACAAUAAAGCUGAUCGGUUUUUCCUGGUGGGAAUCACCUCGUUCGGAUUGGGUUGUGGUGCGUCUGCCAGCAUUUAUACACGAGUAGCAUCUUACCUGGACUGGAUAGAGCCUAUCGUGUGGCCAGAUGCGGCCUCCUUGCAAGAUUAGAUUAAUAAAGCAGAUGGAAAACCAAUGGCGA